GGAAGGGGAAUGUUCGCUGCUCCCGGCUGCAGCCUCCCAUCUUCAUGCCUAUUUUAGUCACGUCUUCCCGGCUCCUGACUGACAAACUUUCCCGGGACGAACGCACCGCAGAGCCAGGGGAAAAAAAUGCAGUUACUACAAAAUAGAUUUCAAAAAUGUAUGUAACCUUACUGAACAACAGUGAUACACAAUUACUUUCAAUGGUUUAUUAUCUUCAAUGAAAUGAGAAAUACAGAUAACUCAAAUAAUAAUAAACAAAAGACAGACGCAGCUGUCGCUAUGAAGAGUAAAUCGUUGACUUUUAGGAACAAGGAAAACAUGAACAGGAAAAGCAUCCCUAUGAAGGGAGAAGAACAGAACAGUAUGCCUGAGGUUUUAAAGAUGUCUACUGAAAGCAUAAUAACCAUCAUGCUGCCCAUGAAUUCUACAGCUGGCAUCCAGAAUACUACAGAUGAUGAGGUGUGUGAAAAUUGGAGAGAAAUUCACCAUUUGGUUUUUCACUUGGCAAAUGUAUGUUUUGCCUUAGGACUGGUUAUUCCCACAACACUGAACUUUCAUAUGAUUUUUCUGCGUGCUUUACUAUGCCUAGGUUGUUCCUUCUUCAUCAUCUGGGCAAGUCUUUUCCGAUGUGCUUUGGAUAUAAUGAUAUGGAAUGCUGCUUUUCUGGUUAUUAAUUUUAUGCAUUUUAUUUACCUGGUAUAUAAGAAAAGACCUGUCAAAAUAGAAAAGGAACUAAAAGGUAUCUAUCAUAAAAUGUUCGAACCUCUUCAUGUGCCACCUGGACUAUUUAAGAGACUUACAGGACAAUUUUGUAGUAUACAGACUUUACAUAAGGGACAGACAUAUGCAGUAGAAGACAAGACUUCUGUUGAUGACCGCCUUAGUAUACUUCUGAGAGGGAAGAUGAAGGUUUCCUAUAGAGGGCAUUUUCUACAUAACAUAUAUCCUAAUGCUUAUAUUGAUUCUCCUGAAUUCAGAUCAACAGAGAUGGACAGGGGGGAAAAAUUUCAGGUUACAAUAACAGCAGAUGAUAACUGUGUGUUUCUGUGCUGGUCUCGGGAAAGGCUAACAUAUUUUCUGGAGUCUGAACCUUUCUUGUAUGAAAUAUUUAAAUAUUUGGUUGGUAAAGAUAUUACAAAUAAGUUGUACUCCUUAAAUGACCCAACAUUAAGUGACAAGUUGGCAAAGAAAAUUGACCGUCAGCCUAGUCUCUGCUCUCAACUGUCUGUCAUGCAGAUGAGAAACAGUAUGGCAAGCACAAGUGACAGUGAGGAUGGUUUGCAUAACUUUCUACGAGGGACAUCAACAGCUUCCUCGCUGCGUCAAUCCCCGUGCAUGAGAGGUUCUUCCAAGAUGAAGCCAAUUGAAGAAGGCGUUGAAGAUGAUGUGUUUGAGCCAGCAUACCCACUAGCAACUAGAGCUCAAAGGCUGCCAUAAGCACCGAAGUGACCAAAGUAUUUUUGAUGAAAAUGUUGCUUGGAGAGUAAAUAACUACAAAAAAUCCAAAGAGAUCAGUAUGUUUUUCCUAAAUUAAAAAUAGUGUCUUCACUUUGUCACAUUGGCAAUAAUUGUCAUUUUUUACACACUUCACCAUUUGAUUUGAUGUCCUUUAGCAUUUAAAAUCUGUUUGUCUUUAGUGUUAAUAAAAAUAUAAAAUCACAAGAAAAUCAUUUUUUUUAAUGGUUUAUUCACAUCACUUCUGACACCUGCAAGAAGUCCAGACUAUUCAAGGAAAACUGCAUAACAAUAAAAUCCCUAUAUCUUUGUAACAGGGAAGUAUUGGAACAAAAGAAAAACUGCAUUAGAAUCUGGGUACCCAAGACUGCAAAGUUAUAUACAAACUUUGCAAGGAAUUUUUUUAAACUUGACCACAGGUCAUCUUUAACCCCUUAGGUACCAGGCCCAUUUUGGCCUUAAGGACCAGAGCGUUUUUUUGCAC